ACAGUCGGCUCUAAAGCACUUGAACUCUCAGGACUUGGCAAGCUGCUCAUUCACCUUCCUUUCUCCUGAAAGAAGUGCUCAUAUUAACCUGCGCUUCAGGAAAACCCUUUGGUUCCAAUCCAAGAAGUAAAUGGCACUCGAGUCUGAGGAACGACUAAGGACUAACUGACAAAGCUGGAGAGGAGGAGAGAGGGAGAGACAGGAAGAGGGAUUCCCCCACUUGUGCAGUAAACAGGAGAGAGGCUGGUGGCCUGUCAGAUUGCUGCAGCCAUGACAACAUCAGCUGGACACAACACAUGAUGCCUGAGCUCAGCUGAAGCUGUCCGUCCUCCUCUGGCCAUCCUCUCAUGGGGGAGGGAAAAAAAAUGAGUGUCACUAGAUGUCGGUCCAUCAACCUUUUGGCCAUCAUCCUACUCCUAUUUUCCUCUGCAGCUCUCUCAGCUCAUUUUCGGGUGUGUGAACCCUACACUGACCACAAGGGCCGGUAUCAUUUUGGAUUCCACUGUCCUCGUCUGUCAGACAACAAGACCUAUAUGUUCUGUUGUCACCACAACAACACUGCUUUCAAGUACUGCUGCAAUGACACUGAGUUUCAAACCAUCAUGCAGGUCAACCUCACAACCACUCUAGAUGGGUUUUCUCACAAUAACUACACAGCACUAGUUGGAGUGUGGAUCUAUGGCUUUUUCAUCAUGGUGCUGCUGGCACUGGACUUCCUCUACUAUUCAGCCAUAAACUAUGAAAUGUUCAGGGUUUACCUGGAGAAGUGGGGGCUUGGGGGGCGCUGGUUGAAGCAGGCUCGCAAUCAGUGGCAACGGCCUGAGCAAGAGGAGAGUCAGGGGCAGCCUUCUCAUCCUGGAGCUCUGUCAGGAUUAUCCCACUACCAACAACCACAAUAUCAAUCCCAGCCCAGACACAGCCUGAAGCCAGAAGCCCAGAGUCCGACACACACCGCACACAACACAUCAAUCGCCUGAGAUGCCUGAUGAUGGGAAAACAUCUGAGCAGAACGCUUGGAGGAAAAUAAAGUUUGUGCCUCAGUCCUUGGAGAAUAACCCUGUUGUUAGUGAAUGCUUGUUCAGGCGUGCAUCCCCUUCCAGCUGUCGCUCUUCAAGCACAACCAUGUCUAAUCAUCUGUUCUUCUGUAUGGAUUUCCCAUCAGAAUCACACAGAGAAACAGUAGAAUCACUGGCAUACUUGGUUCUGUUAUAAAAUCAGGUAAUUAAAGGAACUUCAUCAUAGACUGGAUUGAAGGAAAAAGCAAUGAUGAUGAUCAUAUGAACUGAACUGAACUUCAGGAAGAUCUAAUGAACUUACUGUAGAACACCUCUAUGUUUAAUAUAGAUUUAUUUAUAUUGUUGACACAUUGUUUAUGACUUAAUCCCGAAUAAUUACUGAAGUUGUGUGGUGCAACCAGCUUUUUUCAAUUUUACAUUAUUUAUGUAUUUUUUUAUUUAGGAAAUAUUAUGAAAACCCUAAAAGAAGCCACUGAAACAAUAUCAUUUCUGCAAAAGCAGCUUACUGAAGUCUGAACAUGGUACAUGUACAUAUUGUACUCCAUCAUAUGUGCAGUGUUUUCUUUUUUCUUUUUUAAGUAAUAUUUAAUUGUGAUGAAGCCAGCUAACAGAAAUUUGAGAGAUUUUCAGUUCCUGGACAGCAAAGAUGUUUACCAUUCCAAACAUGUAAACAGGUGUGAUCAUACUGUAAAUGUCAGCAUCAUGUACUGUAGGUUCAGUCAAUUGUGUUUACUUUGUUCAAAUUGUUAGAAUCGCUAAAACAUCAGAUGGAGGCCAUCUGAAAGCAGGUAAUGCUUUCAGUUAUUAAACUGUAUUUUUAUGUAGAUUUUUUACAUUUUUUUUAUUUAAGACUAGGAAAUUAUUUAAGGAGUGAAAGUAGCAGCUUCCAUUUGCAAUCAAUGUUUAACCAGUGAAUCCAUCAGUAUGUGUACUUAGUACUGCCUCAUCAUUGAUGUUUUAUUAAUAAGUUGGAGUUGUAAAAUGAACAUGAAUACAGCAUGCACUGCAACAUUAUGUGAAAAGAAAUAACAAGUCUCAUGGGAAAUGUGUGACUGAUUAGUUAAUGAUUGUAAUCCUGCAGUCUGUAAUUAUGGCAAAUACACUUAAAAAUGCCCAAUAUAGCUAAAAUCCUAUUACUUGAUUUCUAGAGUGGAACGGUAUCAUCUCGUAUUAUACUGUACCUUAACAUUCACUGCAAUGAUUAGCUGGCUGAGUAUUCAGGAGGAAGACAGGCAAAGAAUGAACAAUGGCAGAUAAAAGGAACAAGAUAGGUGAUGGGAAUUUAAUUGGAGAUGGGAGGCAAUUUAUAAUUCAUUGUGGUCUAGUACACAGACUGCUAGGCUGAUUCAAUCUAUAAACAUCAUUAAGUGUUCGGAUUGGAAUUCACCAAAUGUCAGGAUUUUUAAGGGAGUAGACAAGUCAUUAGGCUGAUAUUAAUAAAUUAAUAUUAAAUAAAUUAAUGUCAUUGGUUUACCACAAAGAGGAAACAGCCUCGCAUUAUUAUUUUCUGUUUAUUUAUUAACAAUUUUUUUUUCAAGACAACCUGUCUUGGCAAAUGUUGCCUUAGUAACUUUAUACUUGUACGCAGCAGCAGUGUAGCUACUGGUACCUUAAAGAAGGUUUGUGUGAUGUUCCACAUGUAUACCCACACCCACCCACAAAUGUGCAGGCAACAUUCUGCACUGCACCUGUGUUUUGCUGUUAGGUAGACUGUACAGUCUCUAUUUUAACUGUACUUGCGAUUGUUUACUUUGUACUGUUACUAAUGGGAAAAAUAAAGAUCUAUCUUUCCA